CUCACUCCUCCUGGGCGCCUAGAGAGGCUCCGGAAAUGCCCGGGAGGGGUGGGCACCGCAGGGAGUCGGUGACGCACUUCCGGCAAGGUUUUAUUCGUACUUUUGGUCACCUGGCGCCGCGGGUCGUGGUUGGACUAACUGCGGGUAGGAGGAGUACCGGAGGGGGCCGGGCCGGAUAGGGCCCCGCUUGAGACGGGACAGCGGGGACCCGCCGCUCUGGGAAGGUCCGAUGAGUUCCGUGGCUUUUUGCAGGGUUUGCUGUCUUAUCACUUGAAGGCAGAACUCCGGAAAGUCAGCACGUGCUGGAGAAAGAUGAGUUCGAGCUUGACCGCGAGUCAAGUCAGUGACGCCGAGGCAGGAGCCUGGAUGGCAGCUGAGAAGUCUAGGGUCGCCGCGCCGUCUCUGCGUGAUGGACUUUUGAUAGUGAAAGUGGAGGAAGACUCACCCGGAGGUCAGGAGUCGGACCUGCCCGCGGACUGUCAGGAUUCCGAAAAGUCGCGGCAGCAGUUUAGGCGGUUCCGUUACCAGGAGGUGGCUGGACCCGAAGAGGCGCUAAGCCGGCUCAGGGAACUUUGUCGCCGGUGGCUGAGGCCUGAGAUGCAUACGAAGGAGCAGAUCCUGGAGCUGCUGGUGCUGGAGCAGUUCCUGAGCAUCCUGCCCCAGGAGCUCCAGGCCUGGGUGCGGAAGCACUGCCCGCAGAGCGGGGAGAAAGCUGCGGCCGUGGUGCGCGCUUUUCAGAGAGCGCUUGAUGGGGCCUCACCCCAGGAGUUGGUGAAGAUUGAGAAUGUGGCUGUGUCUCUAAACUGUGAGGAGUGGGAGCCUCUGGACCCAGCUCCGAGGGAGUUCUGCUGGGAGAGCGCACAGGAGGAUCGUAGGACCUCGGUCUCACUGGUCUCGCCGAGUUUGGAAACCAGAACCGAGAACAAAGACUUUAUUCCAAAACAAGAAAUUUUAGAAGAAGUAGAGCCGCAGGGGCAGCUACAAGAAGGGUCCCACAGGAAGGCUCCCCCUGGAUGUAGUGACACUGGUGAGAUAGGGGUAGAAAAGCAGUCAAGAAAUCCCUCAUCAUUGAAGCUGGAAAAUUCUCCUGAAGAGGAAGGACUCCCCCGCACCGCAGAUCUCAAGAAUGGUCCCACGGAGGAGGGAGACUUCAGACAUGACCAACUUGGGAACAGGGCCAAAAGUUCAAACUCUGUUCUUUGUCAGCACGUGCAGGCCACAGGGAGGCCCGUUGACCACAAUGACCUGGGGGACAGUUGUACACAGAGUUCAGAGCCGGUAAAGCAUCACACAGUGAAACCUCCCCACUCCUUUGACAGCGAGGAACAGCUCCACAGUGCAGACCUCUUUAAGACCCAGCGACACUUCCGUGAAGAAAGGCCGUAUAAAUGCGGGAACUGUGAGAAGAGUUUCAAACAGCGUUCUGAUCUUUUUAAACACCAGAGAAUCCACACGGGGGAGAAACCCUACCAAUGCCAGGAGUGCGGGAAGCGCUUCAGUCAGAGCGCUGCCCUGAUCAAACACCAGAGGACACACACGGGCGAAAAGCCCUACACCUGCCCUAAGUGUGGGGACAGCUUCCGGCAGAGCUCCCAUCUCACCCGGCACCAGAGGAUCCACAUAGGAGAGAAACACUUCGAGUGUCACGAAUGCGGGGAGACCUGCCGUAUUUCCAACCGUUUUAGACAUCAGAGAAUUCACAAAGGGGAGAGACCCUACACGUGUGAGGAGUGCGAGAAGAGCUUCAAACGGUGCUCAGACCUCUCUAAACACCAGAGGAUCCACACUGGGGAGAAGCCGUACGGGUGUUCUGUGUGUGGGAAACGCUUCAGCCAGAGUGCAACCCUCAUUACGCACCAGAGGACUCACACUGGAGAAAAACCUUACAAAUGUCUUGAAUGCGGGGAAAGCUUUAGACAGAGUCCACACCUUAUCCGACACCAAAGGAUCCAUAGAAAUAAAGUCCCACCAUUUUGACAUGG